ACCCAGUGGCUCUUAGGACGCCGCCACGCUUUCCUUAGUCCACGCAAUAGUCUGGGAACCACGCCUCGUUAGUAAUACUCAUCAAACCCGCUCGCAACAGUCCCAGCAUUUAUCCAGAAAAAACAACAACUCUUCCAAUCAUAGCUAUGUCGGCAGCUGAAACUAUCUCAAAUGAAACAACUGCUCUCGUCGUUGGAGCGCUCGAAAAAUUAGCUCAACAAUCAGUUAAUAUUCAGGAUGCGCAUCAUAUUGUUGAGAUAGAGGAGCAAGUCCGGUCAAGCGAUGAGAUGGUCGCCCGGAAGGCCCUCCUGACUCAACUUCAAACGAGCUUUCUACCUUCACUCCAACAGCAACUCGCCGACUUGAUGAAAUCCCUCAACCUAACGCCUUCACGAACUGCUCCAACGCCGAAGCUCAUUGACACCCUAGAGAUAGCAUUCAAACUCGGUAACACCUUGAAAGAUAUCGGCUCUUCAGCCAACACCCUUGCCCCGUGCAUCGUUGCGAUCCACCAAAAAUCCAGUCGCAUUGAUGAAGAUUACGGUGUUUUGAAAAAAUUCAGAUGCGAUGCUCUUCUCUUGAAAAUCAAUAAUUUGAUAAGCCACGACCUUAAAAAAUUAUUUCAGGCAUAUCUUGUUUUUGUUCGGAGAGGGCAGUUCUCAAUUGAUAACACCACCUCUUCUGCCGACGGAUCCGAUGUUCUUCACCGCAGAAACCAGAUAAUCGAAAAGUCAGAGCAAGUCUCCAAUCUCAUCGAAGGAAUAGUUAUAUGGUCCCGGCGAUCUGACUUUGGUGUUCUUCAAGACGAAUGGGAGGACCAAGUGAAUAAAAUCAGUCAAAGCCUGGCAAAACUAACCGAACGAAUGAAUUCGGCGAGGCGUCUGCUAGUUGAAGAAAUUGAUGCCGAGCUCGAUCAACCUGAACCCGAAAUCAAUCAAGCAGUAGAUACUCGAUCCGAGACUGAUGUUUCCGACGAUUCUAUAUCUUAUAAGUUUCGUAUCAGGUCACUCGUAAUCUACCUCAUGCAGCUCGCUGUACCGCUUGUCAAAUUAUGCAGACUGUUCUUCCGCAAACUAAUAACCAGUACAUCAAAACCGCCUUUCACAUUCGGCGAGAAGAUGUGUUCUGCUGACAUGAAGUGGUUCCAACAGAAAGCGUGCCCGAUUGCACUUGACAUCGGUAUCAUUCUGAAAACCUUAUAUCAGAUCUUCGAUGCCAACGCACUCAAUGGUCGAAUUCAACAUAUGAAGAAUGUGGCCAACCAACUUAUAGCCCAUUUGGAUUGCUCCUUAGUCUUACUAAGCUUCCAUCUAGUACCUUCAACUCCUCUUCCCGCUCCUGAAAAUCUCUUCAAAAGUUACUUUUCCCCGCUGAGAUAUGAAUUCCGUUCUGCCAUGGACUCAUUCUUAAAUGGCUUACACUCUUUGGAAAGGAAUUAG